AUGGCGAGAGCAGAAGCAUUGAACGCGUACAGGGCGCUGCUAAGAGCGACUCGGAAGUCGUUCGCCGGAGACACACCGAUGCUAAAGGGGUCGGCGGCGGAGGUCCGCAAGAAGUUCGAAGAGAAUAGGCACGUGACCUCGGAUGUGGAGAUCCGGAGACUCCUGGAAGAGGCACGUGAGGCCUCCCUUUUCAUCACCCAAAUGAUCGUCCAGGCUAAGCUCAAUUCUCGCGGCGGUUACGAAGUGAAGGCAGACAAAGAUCAUGCGGGAGCAACGCUUGAGGUUCCUUCUGAAGAACUUCUUCCCAAGUCUUGA